GUGGGCUCUAGGACCUGGUUGGGUCGCGGCUGCCUGCCUGCCUGCCUACACGCUGCGCUCCCGGGCCUGGCCGUGUUCGCUCGGGAGCUACGUGCGGCCACUUGGUCUCGGCGAGGAGAUGGAGCGGGCUGGGCACUGCACGGUGCUGCUGCUGGGCGGCGCGCUGCUCACUCUGGCCCAGUAUGAGAAAUACAGCUGGCGCAGUUUCCCGGAGGCCGACCUGGUGCCGCUGGACUCGGCUUACAGCUACUCGCUGCAGCAGUUCACGGCGGGCAACUGGCGGGAGAGUAUCGGCUACCUGGAGCUGAGCCUGCGGCUGUACCGCUUGUUGCGGGAGAGUCAGGCGCACUGUAGCAGCGAGUGUCCGCUGCCCGCCGCCGCCCCGCAACGGCCCGCAUCCAACUUCAGCGAGCUACAGGCUUUCGCCCAGAUCCUGCACCGGGCCAUGUGUCUACGGCGCUGCAAGCACUCGCUGCCCGUCUUCAAACUACCCUACCCCGACAAGGAGACCCUAGAACAGUUGGACUAUCGCAUUCCCUACAGGUACUUGGAGAGCGCCUACUUCCAGCUCCAUAAGCUGGAGAAAUCCAUCGCUGCAGCUCACACUUUCUUGCAACGGAACCCCAAGGAUGCGGCCAUGCAGAAGAAGAUGAGUUACUACAAAACUAUCCCCGACAUCGAGACCUACCUGGUGGAUGUGGAGGCUCGGGAGCACGAGACGCUGUUCCUGAAGGCAGUGAAGGCUUACAACAGCGGGGAUUUCCGCAGCAGCGUAACGGAGAUGGAACACGCAGUCCCAGAGUAUUACCGAGCGCACCACGACUGUCUCGGCAGCUGCGAAGACUCGUGCGAUGUCACGGACUUCAAGGACUUUUACCCAUCGAUAGCAGAACAUUACGUGGAAGCGCUGAAGUGCAAAGUGAAAUGUGAGCAGAACCUAACGCCCAAUGUAGGCGGUUUCUUUGUGGAGAAGUUUGUGGCCACGAUGUACCACUACCUACAGUUCGCCUACUACAAACUGAACGACAUCAAGAAUGCGGUGUCGUGUGUGGCCACCUACAUGCUUGACCCGCAGGACGAGAUCAUGCAGCAGAACCUGGUGUAUUAUCGCUUCUACCGUGAGAAGUGGGGGCUGGGGGAGGAGGACUUUGAACCCCGCGCUGAUGCUCAGCUCUACCACAAUGUGACGCGGCUACAGAUCCAGUGGCUGGAAUUCGCAGACAGCUUCCUGCAGCCGGAUGAUGAGAUGGAGGUGUCGGAGGAGCCCAUUCCCAGUGGACAGGGGGUAACGUCGGACGCGGAGUUCGAGGGGAUGGGCGAUUAUGAGGAGUCGAUUGUUGCGGAUUGGUGGCAGGUCCCGAAGCAGAAGGGGGACAUAGACGAUGCAUCUGACUAGUGCGUUGGCCGCAGAGCCUGAAGGCUCGGACACUGCAGUGUGGACAGCUGGCUCAGUGCAGCAGCCAGAGAUCAGGGGGAGAGGAAUGUGCAUCUAUUUAACGUGUCUGCCAUCAUCCCGGGCGUGAUGAGAUGAGAGAGUGGAGCCGGUGAUCCACUUGUACCUGCCGCGCUCUGGGUCACUGAUAACUGCCCACAACUCCAGGUGCUGAGUCAUAGAGUGAUACAGUGUGGAAACGGGCCUCUCGGCCCAACUUGCCCACACCGGCCAACAUGUCCCAUCUACACUAGUCCCACCUGCCCGCGUUUGGCCCAUAUCCCUCUCUGCCUAUCUAAAUGCUCCUUAAGUGUUGCGAUAGUCCCUGCCUCAACUGCUUGCACUGGCAGCUUGUUCCAUACACCCACCACCCUUUGUGUAAGAAAAGGUUACCUUUCGGGUUCCUAUGAAUUUUUUCCCCCCUCACCAUAAAAUCUUUUCC